GCAUCUGCCAAAUUCCACAUUUGACAAUUUUGACGAGUCUUCAACGUAUUUUCGAAUAAUUUGCAUUGUUUUGUCUAUGAUUGUUUUCCUGUAUUUUUGAUACUAUAAUAAUUAUUUUAAGAGUAUCAAAUAAAGUAUCUCAAUAUGAGUGAGAAUACGAAAAUCCCAGAAACACCAGAACGGGAACAGAAAAAAUCCGAGUCUUCUGACACAGAACAAGAACAUGAUCCCCAAUUUGCACCCAUCAUUACUCUGCCUGAAGUACAUGUUUCAACAAAUGAGGAGAAUGAAAUUGAAUUUUUGAAACUGCGUGCCAAAUUGUAUCGUUUCGACAGUAAAAGCCAGCCCCCAGAGUGGAAGGAACGAGGUACCGGAGAGCUGAAAGUUUUGCAGCACAAAGAGAAACAUACGUUUCGUAUUGUAAUGAGACGAGACAAGACAUUGAAGGUUUGUGCUAAUCACUUUAUUAUGCCCUGGAUGGAACUUAAACCAAGUGACACUAACGAAAAAGCAUUUAUUUAUAACGUAUUAGCUGAUUUCGCUGACGAAGAGACUAAAUCUGAAUGUUUGGCUGUUAAAUUUGCGACUAUUGAUAACGCUACUCUGUUUAAAUCAAAGUUUGAGGAUGCAAAAAAUAUCUUAAAGUCUUCAGAGAAAGAAGAAAUCUCAACUAAUGGUAGUACUGAAAGUUUAAACGGCAAACAAUCUGAAGAAGAAAAUGAUACAAGUGAUGUUGUGACAAAGUUAUCUAAGCUUGAAGUCACUGAAGAUCAGUCACAAGCAGGUGUGAUUGAAGUUAAGGCAUCUCAAGAGACGGCAAGUAAUGAAGAUGCUUCAGUAAAGAAAAAUGAAUAGAUAUAUUUUUCUUCAUAGAUAUAAGGGUAUUUUUUAUAUCAUUGUAAGACUUAGGAAUGUUGCAUGUUUGAGUAAUAUGAAAAUUACACCAUAAUAAUUGUUUUUUAUACCGACUUCCAUUAAUUGAUGAUUUUUAUAUGAUAUGUAGAGAUAUAAAAAGACAUAGUUCUUUUUUUUUGUAAAUUUCUAAUAGUUUAGAAUAAUUAUUUUACAUUCCACAUUAAUAAACCUAUUUU